UUUUUCCCAUGUGGCUUGAAACUCUCAUUAGAGAGGAACUAGACGUAAUCGUUUGAUUCCUAUCUCAAUAAAAAAAAAAUCCUAUUCAAAGAAAAAAAAACAUUUCCUCGAAAAGCUAACUAUAUCAGUAUCUUUCUUCUUUGUUCUCUCUCUUUUUACUUCGGAGGAAAAUAUACACAGAAAAACGGUGUAAGCAGUAUCAGUGAAUUUAAAAUUGAAAACUGAAGGGUUUGUUUGAACUGCAAUCGAGAUCAUGGUUUCUGCUAAUUCCAGUAAUGGUGCCACUGAUCAGGUUUUGGUUGAAGAGAAGUCAUCCGUGAGGACUUUAAUCCUUAACAGACCCCGUCAAUUGAAUGCCCUCUCAUUUCCAAUGAUAUCUCGAUUGCUGGAACUUUUUAUUGCGUACGAGGACGAUCCAAACGUGAAGUUGGUUAUUCUAAAGGGACAAGGAAGAGCAUUUUGCGCUGGUGGCGAUGUUGCAGCCGUGGCUAACGACCCCAAUAUGGGUGCAACUUUUUUCUGGAAAGAGUAUACCUUAAACUACAUGAUGGCAACCUACAAAAAAAUCCAGGUUUCAAUUCUUGAUGGAAUUGUGAUGGGAGGUGGAGCUGGGGCUUCAGUCCAUGGUAGAUUCCGUGUUGCAACAGAGAACUCGAUGUUUGCGAUGCCAGAAACAGCACUAGGACUGUUCCCAGAUGUUGGAGCUUCUUUUUAUCUAUCCCGACUCCCGGGAUUCUUUGGAGAAUAUGCUGGUCUGACAGGUGCAAGGUUGGAUGGCUCUGAAAUGCUUGCAUGUGGCCUUGCAACUCACUAUGUUCCUUCCGUGAGGUUGAGUUCACUAGAAGAUGCACUAUGUAAGGCGAACUCAGCUGAUCAAGCAAUUGUUUCCGCCAUCAUUGAUGAGUUCUCAGAGAAACCUACUUUGAAGGAGAAGAGCGCUUAUCUGAGACUAGACAUCAUCAAUAGGUGCUUUUCGAGAAGGACAGUCGAAGAAAUUCUAUCUGCUCUCGAAAGAGAAACCUUAAGCGGUGAAGAUUGGAUUUUUACAGCUAUUCAAUCGCUGAAGAAGGCAUCACCUACGAGCCUUAAAAUUUCUCUUAAAGCGAUCAGAGAAGGGAGGCUACAAGGUGUUGGUCAAUGUCUCAUCCAAGAAUACAGAAUGUGCUGCCAUGUAUUGCGGAAAGAAGUCAGCAAGGAUUUCUUUGAGGGUUGCAGAGCUAUCCUGAUCGAUAAAGAUAGAAAUCCAAAGUGGGAGCCUUCUAGGUUAGAGCUUGUUAGUGACGAAAUGGUCAACCGAUAUUUUUCGAAGGUCGAUGAUAAGGACUGGGAAGAUUUAGUGUUACCAAUUAGGGAUAACUUGCCUGCGGCUGCAUUUGCCAAGCUCUGAGGAGGCAAUGCCUUUGGGGUGAAACAUCAGCUUCCAGACUAGAGUACUCGUAUAAUUUCAUGCUAAAAGUUGAACUUGUUAUAUAAAAUAAGGUUCUUUCAUAUAGCACGCAUCAAUAACCAGAUAAAUGUAGAAAAAAUACAUCCAAGGAAUUAGGAUGUAUAACUCUUUAUCUUGCAGUGUCUGAAAAUAUAUAUUCAGACAAAUACAUGAUGAAUGUAUGAGGAAUCCACGAUGGCGCGAUCCAUUCUAUGAAUUUCUGGUAUUCUGUGGAUGUCAUCUUCUUUUUCA